CACCUCGAUGACCACAUAGCCUCUCUCUCUCUCCGCUCUCCUCCUCCAGACAAAGGCGCCACCGCCACAGCGCCGGUUUCAUUCCCUUCCUCUCGCCCGGCCACGAGGUGUCGCGGGCCCGAAUCGCCGUCGCAAUCGCUGAAGGUUUUCUUUUGCCGAGGGAGUGAAUCCUUCUAUAAGUUAUGCAUGUCACUCCCUGGGGCACAUGUUGAUGAUCUGGAUGCACUUUCUUGUUGCAGAGGACCUAUAUCAUCGUAUGACACUAGUACCAUCAAUGACAAAAGGCUCUUAGUUAAUCUGGUCAAUAGACAGGAUACUCUUGCUUGUAGUCCACAUGUUAGCUUCAAAGUUGCCGAGGUUAUACUUCCCAAUGGGGACAAAUAUUAUGGAACGCUACUGGGUAAUGUACCAGAGGGAUCCGGGAAGUACAUUUGGAGCGAUGGUUGUAUUUACGAGGGUGAGUGGAGGAGAGGGAUGAGGCAUGGGCGUGGGAAUAUCACAUGGCCUUUAGGAGCUGUUUAUGAUGGAGAAUUUUCUGGUGGAUACUUGCAUGGAAAUGGAACCUAUACUGGGCCAGACAACUUGAGUUACAAGGGGCGGUGGAAACUGAAUCUCAGACAUGGACUGGGAUAUCAAACACAUCCUAGUGGAGACAUCUUCGAAGGAUCUUGGAUCCAGGGAGUGAUAGAAGGCCAUGGUAAGUAUACUUGGCCUAAUGGAAACAUGUAUGUUGGCGAUAUGAAAGGAGGAAAAAUGUCAGGUACGGGUAUUCUUACCUGGAAAAAUGGUGAUACAUAUGAAGGUAACUGGCUGGACGGAAUGAUGCAUGGUUUUGGAGUGUAUACUUGGAUUGAUGGUGGUUGCUAUGUUGGAACAUGGACCAGAGGUUUGAAGGAUGGAAAAGGGUUCUUUUAUCCAAAAGGAAGCAAAAUUCCAACUGGACAAGAACUGUACCUUAAUGCUCUAAGAAAGCGAGGAUUGUUACCUGAUUUCAAGAGACAACACCAUGGUGCACGUAUCCUUCAUGCUUCAUCUGUUGAUAUGGGAAAGAUGAAGGUUAUUGAAACUCAAGAAUCAGAUAGUAGCUUGACUAUAAGUAUACCUAAAGGGCGAUCAAUAAAUUUCGACCGGUCUCGGGCCAAACAUGUAUUGGAACGACGGUGGAGCCUUGAGGUUGCCAUAGAAAAAGUUAUUGGACAUGUUACCACACUAGAAUCUGUUGCGGAAAAUGAUGAAAAAGUGAUCGAUAUGAACAUUCCAAUCCUUGAGAGGGAGUACAUGCAAGGAGUUUUAAUUAGUGAGAUAGUAAUCAACAACAGCUUUUUAAUGUCACCUAGAAAAGGAAAAAGGCGUCAGAAGAGACUGAUGAAGGAGAUAAAAAAGCCAGGAGAGACAAUAAUAAAAGGUCAUAGGAGUUAUGAUCUAAUGCUCAGCCUGCAGCUUGGAAUUAGGUAUACCGUAGGAAAAAUUACACCAAUACAAAGGCGUGAAGUUCGUGCCUCGGACUUUGGGCCUAGAGCAAGCUUUCGGAUGAACUUUCCAAGAGAAGGUUCACAGCUCACGCCUCCUCAUUGUGCAGAAGAUUUUAAAUGGAAAGACUAUUGUCCGAUGGUGUUCAGAAAUUUACGUGAGAUGUUCAAGAUUGAUACUGCAGACUAUAUGAUGUCAAUUUGUGGAUGUGCUGCACUUAGGGAGCUCUCUUCCCCAGGGAAGAGUGGCAGCAUCUUUUUUCUUUCUCAGGAUGACCGGUUCAUGAUUAAGACCCUCCGUAAAUCUGAAGUUAAGGUCUUGUUGCGAAUGCUUCCCGACUACUACCAUCACGUGCGUACUUAUGAGAACACACUUAUCACAAAAUUUUUUGGUCUUCAUAGGGUUAAGCCUUCUGGUGGGCAAAAGUUCCGGUUCGUUGUAAUGGGAAACAUGUUUUGCACAGAAUUGAGAAUUCAUCGGAGAUUCGACUUAAAAGGAUCAUCGUUAGGGCGGUCAACAGACAAUGUUGAAAUAGAUGAGAACACAACCCUUAAAGACUUGGAUCUGGAUUACUCCUUUUACUUGGAACCUUCUUGGAGAGAUGCUUUACUCAAACAAAUUGAAACGGACAGUAGGUUUUUGGAGACCCAGCACAUAAUGGAUUACAGCCUGUUACUAGGUGUGCAUUAUAGAGCCCCACGACACCUGCAAUCCUACGUAUCUUAUCAUCGAAGUAUGACAUCAGACAGAUUGACUGUUCAAUCCGA